AUGUUCAAAAAAAAAAUUGAGCACAAGAAUUAUAAAGAGAAGGCAUGCAGCGUUGGUUUUGAUGAAAUGUAUAUCAAAGAGUUUUUAGAAUAUUCUAAACAGUAUGAUUUUAUUGAAGGUUUUCAAGAUUUAGGAACUUACUUUAGAAUGAAUAAAAGUGUGAACUGCGUAUUAGUGUUUUUAGCAAGUGGUAUAUAUUCUGGAUGGAAAUUUCCUGUUGCAUAUUAUCUUUCUAAUUCUGGAGUAAAAAAAUAA